AAAAAGGUAUUUUGUGUCAACACAAGGGAGGAGAAGAAAAGCUCCACCCGUCGUGCGCCGGGGUGCCCGCGUGCCUGCCUGCCUUCUUCAGCCCCCCACCCCUCUCUUCUCGCCAACGGCGACGAGCGAAUCGCGUGAAUGAGAUGAGAUGGGACUGGGAGACGCCGGCGACGGAAGCGGAGGCGGAGGCGUUGCAGGAGCGCAUCUGGGACCUCCACGACAAGCUCAGCCACGCCAUCCUCGCCAUCUCCGCCUGCGCCGGCCUUCCGGCCUGCCGCUGCCGGGGCGCCCCCAACGGCCACGUAGUCGUCAAGGGGCUGCGGCCGCCGCAGGGGGGAGGGCACGUCGACCUUGCCGCGGCGGCGGCGGCCAUGGCGGACGCGCGGGGCCUGCACGCCAUCCGCGCCGCGCUCGAGGACCUCGAGGGGCACCUCCACUUCCUUCGUGAUGUUCAGUUACAACAGCGUGCCGAUCAAGAUGCUGCGAUUGCUAGGGUGCAGCAAAGUCGCAUUCUCCUUGCUGCAAGGUUGGCUGAACAUAGAGGAAAGGGGCAUGGAGUCAUUGAGGAAGCCUUAGGUUUCGUGGGUGAUGUGCAUGACAAGAGCCAAUUUGUCUCGCCGGAAGAUGUGUAUGGGACGCACAGCCAAUCAGGGGAAGAUGAGGAGGACCGCAGGGGGCAUGGUUCAAACAUGGUGGUGCGUGUGGUAUCCUGCAGUUUUGCUUUAGCCAAGAACAUAUUAAGAUUUGAGAGGAUGGGUAGCGUGCUGGGUAAUGCUACUGUGUUUGCAGUAAGUAUGCUCACAUUCUUGCAGCUUCAUCAAUUGGCCUCUGGUAAACAAACGCCAGCAGUCCAAUAUAGGAGAGCUGACAAUGGUUCUCUUUCUGGAGGGUCAAGAAAAGACAGUAAAGGAAAGCAGUUGGAAGUGUUAUUAGCUAGAGGUUGAGCAAUCAUCAGAUACAGGAAGCUUUGUUCUCCUUUGAGUUUUGGUCGGUUUUGUUAGGUCACUAGGCACUAGCCAUUGCAUUCUUUUGGAUGGGCUGGUCUACAGUCUACCUUCAUCGUUAGAAGCUGUACCACACAGGAUGUAAAUGGUUUGAGAUUAGCAAUAGAUGCACCGGAAGAAUCUGCAAGUC